ACCCACUUCCGCAUUCGCAGCUCCGCCGAAAGCUCACUGCAUGGCCCGGCUGGGGAGAGGCACCGACGUCAAUGAAUGAAUCAUCCGGCGAGAUCUGAGAGAACGACAUCUCACGGUCAGCCGCCUCACUUCACCUCAUCGCCACCUCAAAACGCGUUGCAAAAACUCCCCGGAUGCGCAAUCACGACCCGACGUUGAGCUCUUCCUAAGAGCAUUCUGCUAUUCUUGCAUCCCGCGAUAGAAUCCCUCUCAUUUCUGAGAACAUCUUACCCCGCCAGUUCCAGCGCUCAUCUCACAUAGGAUCUCACUCACCACUUCACGAACCCUAGAGCUCCAGCAACCAUGGCAACCUCUCUCCCGCCCCUGGCCCCCUUCCCCACGCCAUCGUGGCGCGCAAAACUUACACCCCAAGAAUGGGAAGCCCUUCUCGAAGCCUGGACAACGCUCACACAAGUCUACCUCUCCCUCUCAGAUAAAGACCUCUCCCGCGCCGCCGCAAAAGAAGACGCCUCCAUCCCAGUCUUUCUCUCCUCCUUCACAACACAAGUCGCCGAAGUAGGACCCUUACCCAUCCUAGGAUCCUCUUCCUCUACGACAUCAAAAGCCCUACUCAGGUCGGCAUUCACACUCACAUCCCGCCUCCUCACAAACCCGACAACACCACCGCCAACACCCCUAACAACAGCCCCCUUCCUCUGCGCCUUUUCAAAGCUCUACCGCAAAAAUGCACCCCUCACCCUCUCAAAAGCCUUUACCCUGCACGCCAGCGUCCUCGAGCACCCCCUAGCAGGCCUGAAGAAGUCGCUCGCGCAAUCAAUGGAAGCAGGUCUCAAAGCAGACCUCAAAUCCCUCGAGGCUCGCCUCGCGAACCUGAACCACUUAAUCCACGCCUCCCCGCACUCAGCAGCCUUCUUCCUCGCCGGCUCAGACUUCUUUGACGGCCUGGUCACGGCCUUCAAGAUCACGAACCCGCCGCUGCGCAAGGUCCUCGUCGCGACGAUGUACCUCUGCCUCAUCGGCCUGACGGAGGGCGAGCAGCCCCGCUUCGGCAUGCUGGCUGACGUGUUGUUCUCCUUAAAGUCCGCUGCCGAGACGCACAGGGUCGGCCCGUUGAACGUGAAUGACUCCCUCGUGGCGGAGCUGGUCACCGUCACGCCGGUGCUGAAACAGCUGUCCAAGAGGGCCGAGGAGAAGGGCGCGGCUUCAACGGCGUUGAAGUCACGUAUUUCGGCGCUGGAGGGGUUCAAGAAGCCCGGCGGCGGAAUGAUGCGGCCAAAGAGACUCGUGAAGAGGAAGGUUGACAAGGGCAAAGGGAAAGAUGCCGCGGAAGAGGGACAGGUUCAGGCGGAGUUGCACAUGCACCGGCAGAGCCAGAUUUCACUCAUUCAAGAUCUGUUUCCGGAUCUGGGGUCAGGGUUCAUCUCGAAGCUGUUUGACGAAUACGGCGAUAAUACGGAGAUUGUUACGGCUCAUUUACUAGAGGACUCGUUGCCUCCGCACCUCGCGGCGAUGGACCGCUCUGCUCCGUUAUCCCCCACCUUGGAAAGAAGGAAAAGCCAGCUUGAACCCAGACCAACGCCACCGCAAUUACCUGAACGCCACAAUGUGUUUGACGACGAUGAACUCGACAGACUGGAGUUGGACGUUUCCAAGCUCCACUUUGGAAAGAAAGGGCCUGAAAAGACCGCCGACGAUGUGCUUAAGGACAGAUCCACUGCACCGAACAAGGCAGCCAUUUUAUCAGCACUCGCCGCAUUCGACUCGGAUGAUGACGAACGUGACGAUACCUACGACGCAGACGAUGUUGGGGGCACGGUCGACAACGCCAAUGAGGAGGCCGACGGCCAAAAGGAUGCUAGUGAAGAAACACUGUACAAGGCCUUCCAAGCCGACCCCAGUGUAUUUGACAGACAGGCUUCGACGAGGAGAGGUCAGGCGAGAGGAAAGUUGAGGGAGGAGACGGGCAUGACGGAUGAGGCCAUUGAGGGCUGGGCAGUGAUGUUGGCGAGGAACCCGGGUCAAAAGCGACGGCUCGAGGCCAAGUACAGCGGCUCCGCUGCAUUUACUGGUACCCAGACUGAGAUUCUGUCAACGGCAUGGCGAGCCAGUCCGGCUGGCUCUGGCGCCGAGGACUCUGAAAAUGGUGGUGGCAGCUCCUCACGUGGUGGCGGAGGCGGCCGUGGACGAGGAGGUCGCGGACGUGGUGGAAGAGGGGGCGGGGGCCGCGGAGGCGGUAAUGUGGCCGGUCCUACUGGUGAAAAGGAGACCGAGGCCGCGCGGAGGAGAAAGGAAGCCAGCAAGAGCUCUCGGGCAAACCACAAUCGCCGCGAUCAAAGAGCAAAGAAGAUGGCGAGAGGUGGAUUCCCUGGCUGAUGUCGGAUAUCUCACUCGGCCUCGGAAUAGCAUAAUUAAUGCAACCUUUGCCUCUUGGUAUUAUGACUUGAACUUCGUGCCAACGGAACUGCGGCUGCUCGCUUGCUGGAGCCGCGCUCUGUUGUCCCCGUGAAGUCGUCUCCGUAGAGAUCCUCUGCGCUCAGGGUCAGGGCGUACGGGCUUUUGAUAUCUACGAUACCUGGGGUCCCAGGUUGUGGCGUGAAGGAGAAUGGGUGAGCGGCGGAAGGUGACAUGAUGCUGGUGAAUGAGGAACCGACUUCCUCGACGCCAGUGGCCCGCGCCCAGAAUGCAUGGUCCUUCGGUGUCGCCAGCUCUGAUGUUCCACAGAUCGAGGUUAAGUCUCCGUGAUCGCUUUCGUGGCGUCCGAUCAUGGAUUGGAGUGACUCGCGAGAACUCCGUCGGCUGUCGAGGUAGGUUCGUAGAUCGUAGCAUUGUCGACAAGUGGGG